GUGUAAUUUUCCUCCUGCGCUCGCCAUGAAUUAUUUUCGGCACCAAUAUAUAUCUUCAUCUUACUCGGUAACAGUUUCUAGUUCUCUUACCCGUACCAAAAUACAUACAUACGGAAUCGAUCUACAGUAGAGUCGGACUUGAAUUAAUUCCCCCAGGUGUGUUUUGUAUACUGGUAGUUGGGGGAAGAUGUCAGGCACUGAGGAAGUUAAAGAGCAAACAGAAGUUGUUAUGGAGGAUGCUGAAAAAUCCAUGCCAUCAACACAACAGGAAGAGGCAGUUAUAAAGAAGAAAUAUGGUGGAAUAUUGCCUAAGAAACCACCUCUGAUUUCUAAGGAUCAUGAGCGUGCCUAUUUUGACUCUGCUGAUUGGGCUCUGGGAAAGCAAGGUGUAGAGAAGCCCAAAGGACCACUUGAGGCUCUCCGGCCAAAGCUACAGCCAACCCAGCAACAAACACGGUACCGUAAAUCUCCUUAUGCUCCAUCAGAUGGUGAAGAUGGAAAUACUCCCCCACCAGAAGAAGCGACUACCAACGAAUGAGAAACAUGUAUUCAUCGUUUUAUUAAUGGAAGCGUCUGAUGCUACCUGCACUAUAAUUGUUGUCGAGUAAAUUCUGCUAAAAUAAAAAUAUCGAGAAAAGUUAUUUAGUGCUGCGUAGAGAAGAAUGAAUCUGUAUGUUUGUACUUGCUACUGUAUUUCCCCUGAUUGAGAGGUUUUCACGAGCUUAUUUCUGCUGUAAACUAUUUUCUGGUGUCCAGUCGACUAUGAGUUAAGAAUAGAGGUUUUCCAGACGGAAAUUGGAAAUCCAAAUUACAUCAUUUA